CACUGGGUAGCUGCAGGAACGGGGUUAGAGAGGCCAUGGCAUACAGAGUUUGGGCAGAAUAUCACCUGUAGCACAGCUGUUGGCUGCAUGCUCCUCAAACAGUAGUUGAUGUGUGGAGUGAAAUAACCGGAGUAGCCUACCUGGCAUGAUUGAAGCAUUUAAUGGCAGUGGGAGUGCGGUGAGCGGCCGUGAUGGGUGACACGGAGCUGGGUCUGUCUGCUGUACAGCCAGAGGAACUAGAACCGCAGAGCCCCUCCACAGCCUCCUCCUCUCCCUCCCUCUCUCUGCCCUCCUCCCCUUCCUCUGGAUCCUACCACCAUCAGCAGACCACCAGUCCCAGCCCCACUCACAGCGAUGGUCCAGCCGCCUCCAGCCCACCCCUGGAUGUCAUCUCAGAGGGUGUGGGCGAGCUGACCCUGGUCAUCGAUCCCGAGGUGGCCAAGAUGGCCUGCCAGGAGGUGCUGCAGAAGGUGAAGUUCCUCAAAGGCGAAAGUGAGGGGUCAGGUCCUGGGUCUGAUGGUGGCAAUAGUACAGACCAAACACUGGUCAACGGGACUGUACAUACAGAGCCUAUCAAGCCCCCAAAAAUCCCCGGGGAGGAGGACUCUGAGGCACUGCCUCCAGGCUCGGUGAAAAGCGCGCGCCGGCGCCAGCGCCACAACCCCUCCAAGCAGUCGUGGCUGCUGCGGCUGUUUGAGUCCAAACUCUUCGACGUGUCAAUGGCCAUCUCCUAUCUACACAACUCCAAGGAGCCGGGUGUGCAGGCCUACAUCGGCAACCGUCUGUUCAGCUUCCGCCACGAGGAAGUGGACUUCUACCUGCCACAGCUGCUCAACAUGUACAUUCACAUGGACGAGGACGUGGGAGACGCCAUCAAGCCCUACGUGGUGCACCGCUGCCGUCAGAGUAUCUCCUUCUCGCUGCAGUGCGCCUGGCUGCUGGGCGCCUACUCCUCCGACAUGCACAUCUCCACACAGCGACACUCGCGCGGCACCAAGCUACGCAAACUCAUCUUCUCCGACGAACUCAAACCAGCUGCGGUCCGUGCCCGCCAACCACUGACGUUGGCCCCUUUCUGUCCACUUCCGACCGCUGCACCAUCCCUGCACGGGCACGGCUUGGGCGGAGAGCACGGUCUGUCGCCUACUAAGCGCACGCAUCAGCGCUCCAAGUCGGACGCCACCGUCAGCAUCAGCCUGAGCAGCAACCUGAAGAGGACAGCGAGCAACCCCAAGGUGGAGAGCAACCAGGACGAGCCGGCGCGUCUGGCACCGCAGAGAGAGUUCAUCAAGUCCCUGAUGGGCAUUGGGAAGCGGCUGGCCACGCUGCCCACUAAGGAGGAGGACUUUGAGACGUCCAACGUUCCGGUGCGGAUCUCCGAGACCAGGAUCCGCAGCACGCGCUCAGUGGAGAACCUUCCGGACUGCGGUAUCACGGCAGAUCAGCGAGCCGGGGGCUUCUCAACGGUUCACAACUACGAUGAGGAUAACGAAGCCUGGUCUGUGGACGACAUCGGGGAUCUGCAGGUGGAGCUCCCAGAGUUCCACACCAACAGCUGUGACAACAUCUCCCAGUUCUCAGUGGACAGCAUCACCAGCCUGGACAGCAAGGAGCCCAUCUUCAUUGCUGCUGGAGACAUCAGGCGGCGUCUCUCAGAGCAGCUAGCUCACACACCCACCACAUUCAAACGGGACCCAGAGGACCCUUCAGCAGUGGCCCUCAAGGAGCCGUGGCAGGAGAAGGUUCAGCGGAUAAGGGAGGGCUCCCCAUAUGGACACAUCCCUACCUGGAGGUUGUUGUCAGUCAUCGUCAAGUGUGGCGACGACCUUCGGCAAGAGCUCCUGGCCUCUCAAGUGUUGCAGCAGCUCCAGAUCAUCUGGGAACAGGAGCGCGUGCCUAUCUGGAUCAAACCCUACAAGAUCCUGGUGAUCUCCUCUGACAGCGGCAUGAUUGAACCCAUAGUCAACGCAGUGUCCAUCCACCAGGUGAAGAAACAGAGCCAGAUGUCUCUGCUGGACUACUUCCUGCAGGAACACGGUACCCACACCACCGAGGCCUUCCUCACGGCCCAGCGCAACUUUGUCCAGAGCUGUGCAGGCUACUGUCUCAUCUGCUACCUGCUGCAGGUCAAAGACAGACACAAUGGCAACAUCCUGUUGGACGCUGAGGGCCACAUCAUCCACAUAGAUUUUGGCUUCAUUCUGUCCAGCUCGCCCCGCAACCUGGGCUUCGAGACCUCUGCUUUCAAGCUCACCAAUGAGUUUGUAGACGUGAUGGGAGGUCUGGAUGGAGACAUGUUUAAUUACUAUAAGAUGCUCAUGCUGCAGGGCCUGAUAGCAGCACGUAAACACAUGGACAAAGUCAUCCAGAUAGUGGAGAUCAUGCAGCAAGGCUCCCAGCUGCCCUGCUUCCACGGCUCCAGCACCAUCCGGACCCUGAAGGAGCGUUUCCACAUGAGCCUGACGGAAGAACAGCUGCAGGUCCUGGUGGAGCAGAUGGUGGACGGAUCCAUGCGCUCCAUCACCACCAAGCUCUAUGACGGCUUCCAGUACCUCACCAACGGCAUCAUGUGAACGUGUGUGUGUGUGUGUGUGUGUGUACAGGACGUGUGUAUGGAAAGGAUACAUGAGUGUGUGUGUGUUUCUAAAUGUGCAGUGGACAUACAUGGACUGGACUGGAGAGGCCGCACCACGGGCAGAGACCACUCCCCCUACAAGUCCCCAUACCUCUACAGACAGAAUACAUUUAUAGUUGUGUUUCUAACACCACCUCAACCUUGGACUGAUGUCUUUCCUCACAGGAUUUAGACUGGAGAUUGGAGAGGUUUCAGCUGUGGUUUUCAUCUUUUCCUGCAUCUUUAUUCAUCUUUACUCUGUUUCUCUGUCUGUUUUACCCCCUUAUAUCUUUCCAUGUGCUUUGUUUUCUCCAAUAGGAAUGUGUUCUGUUUCUCCCCAUGUCUGCAGUAUGUAAUGGUACAGUUUCCCUGUGCCUCAGAUAUACAUGACACUCACCAGCCCUUUAAAUCAAUCUGUCUCACCCCAGUGUGUGAUGGUGUUCAGUCUCCAUAUUGACCAUCUCAUUCCAAACUCUCUUACAGUGGUUUUCUCUACACUUUCUCAGUCAUGGAAUGAACACUUAGUGAAAUGCUUAGGAACCAGCUCUGAUUCCAUUGUCUUUGGACUGCCAUACUCAUGACUGUUCUUGGUUGUUGAGGAGUGACAUUGUUUGCUAGAUGCACAUAGUUCCCUCAAAAUAUGAUCCGACAAUAGUGGGUUGGAAUGAGGUAGCGCCACGCUACCGAUGUAUCUUCUAUCAACCUAAUUUCUUCUGUAAGCUUUUGUGCAUCACUUUGUAUGAAGGGACAUGACUCAACUGUGAAGACUUGUAUUUCUACCUGGUAUAAUUUUGAAGGAAGAAGAGCUUACUGCUGUCUGUAUUGAGCCACAAGAAACUGGUACUUGUGGGGAGGGUCUGAGUAGACAAAAGGAGAGCUAAGCAGUUUUACAAGAACCAGUGUGACUGAAGUACCUCAGAAGAACCCAGUAUUUCACAAAAGCAGCAAAGGCUUUGAACAUUGAGUAAAAUAGUAAAUUCAUGAAUGGUUGACUUAGUGUUACUUCAACAUUUCUAAAUCAGAAUGCUUUUGGAUGGAGGUUGAUAAAGAUGGGGUCUAUGAACUGUAUGGCUGAUUUCCUGUGUUUUAGGGCAGGAUAGAGAUGAUUUAUGUCCAUCCACCACUCUACAUUCAUUUCAAUAGAAUCUGGAUUCUCACCCCUGUUCCAGAUGUCUGAAUGUGUAAGGGCAAACCAAUUACAAGCUAGAAUCCUAAUGAAAUGUAUUUCUCCCAAAUAGUUUUUCUACUACCUUUUAGUGUUUUUGUCAAACCUUUUUAUUUCUUUAUGAACUGUUAUUUAAUGGACCAGCUGUUAUGAUCACGUGACCUCCCUUAACUUGUACAUUUUUCUUUGUAAUAAAUUUAAUUUGUCUGUCA